UGACCUUUUUGCUAGUUUUCAAACAAUCCUUAUGAUGAGACUAUUCAAAGAAAGGGUCUAAAAGUUCCAAGGUAACAACAUCAAUAGAUUGUUUCUGCAGAGGAAGGUCACCCUCUCAUCCACUGAGCGGCCCGGUUGGUGAGCAAUAAGCGGGGGGCGUGGCCAGCGGGCAGGCGGAGCUUCCUCCAGCACCGGCGGCAUGGGUGUGGGACGCGGGGCUGGGCUCCUCGAGCUCCGCCAGUGAUUGAAACGCUUUUUAAAAGUAUAGCCUACCGGUUCGCCAGGAGGUUUCCACUGUGACUCGGUAGACGGCUGGAGAAAAUGUCCGGUGUGAGCUGGCAGCCCUUUGUAUACGGCGGCUUAGCGUCAGUGACGGCGGAGUGUGGGACUUUCCCAAUCGACCUAGCCAAGACGCGCCUGCAAGUGCAAGGCCAGGUGCGCGAUAGCAAAUACCGAGAGAUCCGCUACCGAGGCAUGCUCCAUGCCAUAGCCAGGAUCGGACGAGAGGAGGGUCUGCGGGCGCUGUACUCAGGAAUAGCUCCAGCCAUGCUGCGCCAGGCCUCCUAUGGGACCAUUAAAAUUGGCAUGUAUCAGAGCUUUAAGCGGCUGCUGGUUGACAGACCAACGGAUGAGACCUUUCUGACCAAUGUGAUGUGUGGUGUUCUCUCUGGAGUCGUCUCCUCCUCCAUCGCCAAUCCCACUGAUGUGCUGAAGAUCCGCAUGCAGGCUCAAGGAAAUGUGAUCCAGGGCAGUAUGAUGGGCAACUUCAUCAACAUCUACCAGGAGGAGGGGACAAGAGGGCUGUGGAAGGGUGUCUCCCUAACAGCUCAGCGGGCAGCUAUUGUAGCUGGAGUCGAGCUACCGGUCUAUGACAUCACCAAGAAGCAUCUGAUCCUAUCGGGUUACAUGGGCGACACCAUGUACACACACUUCAUAUCCAGCUUUGUGUGCAGCCUGGCCGGGGCUGUGGCCUCCAACCCGGUGGACGUAGUCCGGACGCGCAUGAUGAACCAGAGAGGAGUCGCUUUGUACCAGGGAACACUGGACUGUUUACUGCAGACGUGGCGCUCUGAGGGCGUCAUGGCCCUCUAUAAGGGCUUCUUUCCCAACUGGCUCCGCCUGGGACCAUGGAACAUCAUUUUCUUCCUCACAUAUGAACAGCUGAAGAGGAUUAAAGUGUGAAUUGUAGAACGAGAGAGUGAAGAAGAGGCCAGCAUGAGCACACGCCACAAGAGGAGCUGUGGGGACCAAAUUCAGGAAUGGCCUGUUUGGGAUGGAUCAUUGGUGAAAGAGGGCUGAUGUAGACCCAUGUCUUGGGGGGGAAGGACAUGCCAGGCUCCUGUUUGGCCUCCAUGUCUCCUAAAGCCUGUGGCAAGUCAAAACACCAUAACUCAUUCAAAUGUGACAUUGGCUCCACGACUUACCUUUACUGACUGAGGAAUGAGAGAUAAACAGUAGAAUGCAGCAGUAGCCCAGUAGCCCCAGCCACAUUUAUUUCAGUUGCAGACUGUUUUAAAAAUGUGUCUCAUGUUCUCAUGUCAUGAGGAAAACUCCUGAGGGUGUUCAGCCUUCUGCACUUACAGUUGAGUGCCUUAGUUUGUGAUACAGGCUGUGUAUGCCACAGGUGCAUAAGGAGCGAGAGUGUCGGACAGCAGCUGACAAUUAUAAUCAUUCCCUUUCAGAUGAAACGUGGGUGUGAGUCAACAAACUUGGACAAGGGUGUAAUGUGAGGUGUUUUUUUUUUUUUUCCUUUGUUUCAAAAUUGAGACAUGGGGGUAUGGAAAGAUGACAUUUAUUAUUUUAAGGGGGUCUUGGGACUAUUUACAGAGUAAAGAGCCAAGAAUACAUCACACUGUACUGGAAUAAAUAACGGGUAUAAACAGCCUGAAGACUGGUGCAGAUGCUUAGGCAGGAUACACACAUCACAUGCCCAUAUGUGACAAGACUGCUGGUCCCUUGUGCCAGCAAGUGUAGACAGUACUGUAAAUAAAACCUAGGGCAGCUGGGUGUUGUCAUUCCCAGGGUUUCUGUGUUGUUGUGUAUGUUGCUGUAAAAACAUAUUGCAAACAGACAAAUUAUGUAAGCCCACGUAUUCACAGCUCCAGAUAGAUUUUGGUAUCUUAUUAGCAUCAGGUUUGUUGCUUAAAGCCACUAAAACCACAUGAUCCACAGUUAACUCCAUGUUUUCCAUAUACUGUAUUUGCAAGCUCUAUGCUUAUGUGAGCGUUCACUGUAAAGAAUAAAUGUGUUGCUGGCUGUUUUGUGCAAAAGCUUUCAGAGUGUAAGCCAGUAUAAUUUUGUCCAUUUGUAUGUGAAUACAAAUGCUGCUGUAGCCCUGUAUACUUGAAAUGAAACCAAAAAGAA